AUGUACAAGACUGCAUAAAACUGUUCUUACGCAGGUAACUAAAUGAAAAUUCAAUAUAGAUUUGAUAUCUAGAUAAAAUCUCCAAUAACAAAUGAUAAGGAAAACUCUAAUGCUUAAUUGCAGAAAAAGAAAUAGUAUUAGAAUAGGGAGAGCAGCAACUCAAGUCAAUAAAAAAAUGAAAAUCGCUCAAAUAGUGGAUUAUAUAAAUCUGAAUCGCUAUAAUAAUUCUAUCGUGCUUAAUCAGCUGCUGAGAAAAAUUCAUAUUACAUUUAGAAAGGAAAUCAAUAAUAAAUUAAUGAGACGAAAAAGGUUUCAUAUUUCACUUUGUUAUAACAAAGUGGCUUUAAAUUUAGACAUAAUUAUACAAAAUCAACUAAAGAGUAAAAUAAUAAAUGGAUAGAUUACUUAUUAAAUGAGAGUCAAAGAUAAAAACCUUCAGAAAGUUAGUCUUACAAGAGUUUGAAUGAGAAAUUGGAAAAUUUGGAAAAAAGGUUUAAUCGGUUGAAGGAUACUUCUGCUAAUGGAAGUGAAAAUUAAUAAGACAAACAAACAGAUAGAAUAAAAUAAAAAUAGUAUUCUAUGGUAUCUAAAUACUUCCCUUAGAAAUUAGUUUAAUAAUAAAAGAAUGUUAGUUAAGAAGAGAGGAAAGUUACUAAAGAUAUUGAAUCAACAUUAAAUAUUUAUGCAUAAAUAAAGGAUCUAAACAGUUAUACAUCGAAUUCUUAAUUAUUAAGACAAUCAUAGGACAAAAAGACUGGAUAACUAAAAGAUUUUGUCACUUAAAUUAAAACAAAUUUAAAUAAGAAUUCUUAAUUAUUAAAGGGUUCCAAUGUACAUUCACCAAACUCUAAUUUAAAUAAAUCAGAAAGAUAAUAAUCGAUGGAUUCCAAAUUUUUUUAUUUAAAGAAGAUGAGUGACACAUAACCAAAUGAGCCUUUCUUGUACUACAUUUCAACUGUAAUCUAAGCUAUAAAAAGUAAGAAACCUACAGAACUUGAUGAACUUAUUAAAGAUCAUUUUUUACAAACAUAUCAAGGAUUACUUUAUGCAAGUAGAUCUUAAGUGCAAUUUGAACCAGAUAAGGUUACAUUCUUGCCAAAAUCAAAUAAUCUAAAGACAAUAGUGUUUGAUCUGGAUGAAACAUUGAUUCAUUGUAACUAGAACACAUCAAUUCCAGGAGACAUCACAUUACCCAUCACCUUUCCAAAUAAUGAAACCAUUUAGGCUUCUAUUAAUAUUAGACCUUAUGCAAAAUAAAUCCUGUAAACACUUUCAAGGGAUUUUGAAAUUGUUAUUUUUACAGCUUCUCAUUCAUGUUACGCUAAUGUAGUUAUUGAUUAUUUGGAUCCAAAAAAAUAAUGGGUUUCAUAUCGAUUGUUCAGGGAACAUUGCAUUUAAACAAAGGAGGGAGCUUACAUUAAAGAUUUAAGAGUAUUAGGAAAUCGAAAACUCUCUGAUGUUUUAUUAGUAGACAAUGCUUCCUAUUCAUUUAACAAAUAAAUUGACAAUGGAAUCCCAAUUAUUUCAUAUUAUGAUAACAAAGAAGACCAAGAAUUAUUACAUUUAGAAAAUUAUUUAUUGAAUUUCAGAAAUGUUAAAGAUGUUAGAGAUUUAAAUUAAAAAUAAUUAAAAUUAAAAUAGUUCUUAGAUUAUUCUGAUUUUGAUGAUUUGUAAAAUAAUUUAUAUAAUAUUUACUUUUGA